CGCGCGGGACCCGCCGGCGACAUGGCCCUGGCCCUGGCCCUGGCGACCUCGCUGGCGACCGCGCUCUGCCUGCCCGCGGCCGCCGACUUCGACGGGAGGUGGCCCAGGCAAAUAGUGUCAUCGAUUGGCCUCUGUCGUUAUGGUGGGAAGAUUGACUGCUGCUGGGGCUGGGCCCGCCAGUCCUGGGGACAGUGUCAGCCUAUCUGCCAACCGCGGUGCAAACAUGGUGAAUGCAUCGGGCCAAAUAAGUGCAAGUGUCACCCUGGAUAUGCUGGAAAAACCUGCAGUCAAGACCAACGCUCCCACCCAGCUCCUCUUGACCCGGGCAGUGAACAAUCUCUUUUCCAGCCCCCGGAUCCGCAAGCCACAAGUUCACCUGCAAGGGAUCUGAACGAGUGUGGCCUGAAGCCGCGGCCCUGCAAGCACCGGUGCAUGAACACCCCGGGCAGCUACAAAUGCUACUGUCUCAGCGGGCACGUGCUGCUGCCCGACGGCUCCUGCUCGGGUGCCUGGACGUGCUCCAUGGCCAACUGCCAGUAUGGCUGUGACGUCGUCAAGGGACAGGUGCGGUGCCACUGCCCCUCCCCCGGCCUGCAGCUGGCCCCCGACGGGAGGACCUGCCUGGACGUGGACGAGUGUGCCACGGGCAGAGCCUCGUGCCCCCAGUCCCGGCAGUGCGUCAACACGUUCGGGAGCUACAUCUGCAAGUGUCCGACAGGCUUCGACCUCAUGUACAUCGGAGGCAAAUACCAGUGUCACGAAGUGGACGAAUGCUCGCUGGGCCGGCAUCAGUGCAGCGGCUUUGCACGAUGCCACAACGUGCACGGGUCCUACAAGUGCAGAUGCAAGGACGGGUACCACGGGGACGGGCAGCGAUGCGUGUAUAUCCCAAAGGUUAUGAUUGAACCUUCAGGUCCAGUUCACGUGCCCAAGGGAAACGGUACCAUUUUAAAGGGUGACGGAGGACACGAUAAUUGGAUCCCUGAUGCUGGAAGUACCAGGUGGCCGCUGAAGACCCCGUAUGUUCCCCCUGUCGUUACCAGCGGUCCCACCGCAAAGCCAACCCCAUCGCCCACGCUGCCACCAACACCCCGGCCGACAGAGCUCAGAACGCCUCCCCCAACAGCAACCCCCGAAAGGCCAAGCACCCGACUGACAACUGCAGGGCCAGCCACCAGCACAUCCCCACUCGGGGUCACGGUUGACAACAGAAUCCAGACAGACCCGCAGAAGCCCCGAGGAGAUGUGUUCAUCCCACGGCAGCCUUCAAAUGAUUUGUUUGAAAGUUUUGAAAUAGAAAGAGGAGUCAGCGCAGAAGAAGCAAAAGAUGAUCCAGGCGUUCUCAUACACAGUUGUAAUUUUGACAAUGGACUUUGUGGAUGGAUCAGGGAAAAAGACAGUGACUUACACUGGGAACCCGUGAGGGACCCAGCAGGUGGCCGGCACCUGGCAGUGUCGGCAGCCAAAGCCCCCGGGGGAAAAGCCGCCCGUCUGGUGCUGCCCCUGGGCCGCCUCCUGGCCUCGGGGGACCUGUGCCUGUCCUUCAGGCACAAGGUGACCGGGCCGCGCUCCGGCGCGCUGCAGGUGUCUGUGCGGAAACACGGGGCCCACGGGGCGGCCGUGUGGGGACGGAGCGGUGGCCACGGCUGGAGGAGGACUCGGAUCACCCUGCGCGGGGCUGACGUCAGGAGCGUCAUCUUCAAAGGUGAGAAGCGGCGUGGUCACCCCGGGGAGAUUGGCUUGGACGACGUGAGCUUGAAAAGAGGCCCAUGCUCUGAAGAACGGCUGCAACCGCACAACUAGCAGCGGGCUCCCACGUGGCUCCCGCCUCUCUCUCCAAUCCUCAACUUCUCCCGUCUUCUCUCCCUUAUCAGGCCUAGGAGAAGGGCCGGUCAGUGGCGGGGGGUGACCCAGGCCUUGCUGGGCUGCUUCUGUGUGUCCCGGUGAAGAGUGACACCUCCUUGAAACACAGGGGCACCUGCAGACACAUCCAGGCCCUUGCUAGACGUUGCCUCCCGUCUUGUGUCUCUCUGGGUGCUCAGCACGUGUGGCCCAGACCGUCCUACCCCUGGUUCUGAGGUGCUCCCUGUAGCCAAUUAUGGGAGCAAAUCAAAUCCUGGGAGAAGUUUUCCAAAGUGAUCUGUGCAAAUGGCCAUUAUGGCAUCUGUCCGGUGUGUUGUACCAUGAGUCGUACUGAGUUCCCUUAAGAUACGGGGCGCAACGUGCUUGUGAAAUGGAUUUCUCCUCUUCACCCGGGUGAGUGCUGGCCUGACCCGACCUCCUUUACUGCCAUUCACUUUACCAAAUAAGGGUGUGUAACAUGUCGAUCAAGAUGCAUUUAUUGUUAUCUGUAUUUUUCUUUCAAAGACAGUUAUGUAGAGUGAGUACGUAAUCCUCCGUUAGCGCCGUUGGGUUUUGUGUCCAUGUGCCGUCGAUACUAAGUAUGUACGUGUGGCUGAUAUUUGCAGACUCUAGUUGCCAAGGUGAAGGGCAGCUUGUGAGCUCGUGAGUUAAAAAAUAACACGGUGCAAUGUCCCCCGGGUGUGUGACCUUAUACUGGCAGCAGGAGAAAACUGGUGUCGGGUGGUGGUAGUGGAGUGAUGACUUUUUUUUUUUAAUAGCCUUGAGUUUGAUCUUUGCAGAGGAUAGCGACCCGUUUCAGCAGAUAAGAAACUGCAGUUAAUCCAUAAAACCUUCACUGUUUCAAGUUAUCCUUGUGAGCCAACAGCUUUUACCGUCAUGACUCGGGGACUCUCUGGCAAUCUGGGAGCUUUGUAAAAGUUUUGGUUGUUUUGGAGAAAGGAUCUUGUUGGAGGAAGCAGGGUGGGAGGACAUAUGGGGGAAACAGAUUUUCAUACAAAGCUUCAAAUCAAAGCAUGGGCUGGCGUAGCCCAUCCCCUUACGAGCCGUGGCGGGACAGGGCGGGAAUUCUGAGCUCCAUGGACCCCCAGCUAGACUUCCUCUCUGCAGAUUCCACGUUUAGAUUUAAAACUAACGAGACUUUUAAAAAGGCAACUUACUCCCGAGGCUUCUCUUAAUUUCUGAUUAAAGUCAUCAAAAUAUUUUCUGCUGUUUUUGCCAGGAAUCACAAAGAUGAUUGAAGGGUUGGGAAAAUGAAGAUGUAGGAUGAAAAAUUAAAGGAGCUGGGAUUAUUCAGCCUGGAGGAGGGGAGGGAGGGGCAAACCAUGGGGGGGUCUUCAAGCGGGGGAGGGUGGGCCCAGAGACGGGGCGACCAGCUGUCCUCCAGGUGCACUGAGAACAGAACAAGAGGAAACAGGCUUGGACUGGAGCAUGAGCCAUCGUUUCUGGGCAGGGACAGUUGUUAAAUUAGAAUCCUUUAUUUAAAAAAAAAAAAAAAGGAUGUGAAAAUCUUAUUCUCCUCCCUGCCCCUACUCUCUCAGCUUUUUAAAACUUAGAUAAAAAACGUACCUAUUUAAGAUGGUUAAAGAUGUUCUGACCUCGAGGUAGAGUAAGAGAUGACAGAAUCUCCCAAAAGCUGUUUGGGUCCUGGCAUGUCAUGAAAAUCUUCAGAACUUAAGGACUCCAGGCUAACUGAGGCAUUUCCCUCUUGACCUCUUUCUUAAUGAAGAGGAAACAGCCGACCAAAUGCCAAGCUCACUAACACGUCUUUCCUUCUAUGGCAAACUGAGCAGCAUGAAAGCCAAACUAUCACCAAAACACUAUUUAUUCCAAAAGAGAAUAUGGUGGAUAGAUAUGCUAGUGUCUCAGUCAUGUCCUGAUGUGGUGAUGUUUUAAAAUUAUUUUUCUGGGUGCAAGUAUAAACCUUUCACUUGCUCAGUGGAUGAUGCUUCAUGGUUUUUAAAGACGCCAGGAUCACAGUUCAGAGAGAUUUGUGUCCGGUGCAUUCUCUGUGCUUUGUGUGUGACGAGUUAAGCUGGCUACUGAAAACCCACUAGAACUUUCCUUCACCCCUGUCGGCCUGAGUCAGUUUCUCUUAUCAAUUGGAAUCUCCCCAGUUCCAAAAAAUAGCAAUGUUUUUUGAACAAUAGGUACAAUAGAAGGUCUUUUGUCAUUGAACGUGGUAGAGGCAGGGCUGGGGGCAGAAUAUAAAUCAGUCAGCCUUUGAGCAGAGGCAGAGAGUAUGACCUUAGAUCCGUUUUUAAUGAUUCAUUUCCUUUUUGGUCCUGUAACCGCACAGCCGAAGACGAAAGGGGAAAAUAAUUGAAAAUUUUACUUUUAGGUGCCAAUAAUGCAUUGCACUAAACUCAUGGCAGAAGUUAUCCAAAGUACUGUAUACCACCUUGUUUAUUAUUUAAUGUUUUCUAAAGUGAAAAACGUUAGUGGUUUUCCAAACGCCCAAAUAAAAACAAUUCUUUGUAAAUAAAAACAGUUAAUUCUA